AUGGAGCAGAUCCUGGAUAAGGCAGCUCAAUCAGGAGACAUAAACGCCUUGUAUGAAUCACUCCGGCAGGAUCCAACCCUUCUGGAUAAAUAUGAUGAGCCAUCAUUUGUGGAUACGCCUGCACACAUAGCAGCAGCUGCUGGCUCCACCCACUUUGCCGUUGAAGUCCUAAGGUUAAAGCCAUCAUUCCGCACGAAGCUCAACCCGGACGGGUAUAGUCCACUGGACUUGGCACUUCGAAGAGGCAAAAAUAGAACAGUAAAAUGGCUCAUCAAGCAUGAUCCUGAGCUCAUUCGCGUCAAAGGAAGAGAGGGGUUUACACCUUUGCACUAUGUAGCUGAAGUGGGUGAUGCUGAGCUUUUGGCCGAUCUUCUAGGCGCCUGUCCACAAUCCAUUCAAGAUUUGACAAUUCGAGGAGAAACGGCUGUUCAUAUUGCUGUGAGAAAUGAAAAUGCCAGGGCUUUACAGGUGCUUUUAGGUUGGCUCAAGAGAGGAAACAUUAAUGGACAGAUCCUGAACUGGAAAGAUGAGAAUGGAGAGACAGCCUUGCAUAUUGUAGCCUCUACAAAUAAUUUUGAGGCUGUAAAGUUCUUGAUGAACGGAGUGAAAAUAAAUGAACAGAACUUCGAAGGAUUAACAUGCCUCGAUACUUUUAUGGGACUCGCAAUCACAGGAGAUGAGAGAAUUGCUAAAGCUUUACGCUGUGCAGGGGCUAAAAGAUCGUUGUCUCUACGUCCAGCUAAAACAUUCGCUGAUAUUUUGAGUUCAAAGGAACCAUUCACCAGAAAAGUUUUCAGGCAAAUGGUUGAUCUUGAUGCUAGUAUAGAUGGCUUGUCAAGUGAGAUGCGAAAUGCCCUUCUUGUGGUAGCUGUAUUAUUUCUGACUGCUGCCUAUGAAGCUGUACUAACCCCUCCGGGUGGAACUUCACCAGGAGGUGAUAGCAAUUCAUUUUCGAACCAGCCUUGCAAUAUUUCUUCUAGUUCAAGUUUUGCCAGUAUCAGUAGACCUGAAGACACCAAUAACACCAGAGGAGCAGCACAAAUGGGCGGAAUAAAUUUCGCAAUUUUUGUUUACUUGAACACAAUAAUCUUUGCAGCCUCCCUUCGAAUUAUCUUCCGUUUGCUCCCCAGAACCCUUUAUUAUUAUAUGGGAUGUGUCGGAAUAGCUCUAUCACUUAGCUAUUCUAUUUCAAUAAUCCUCAUAGCACCAACUUCAAUUCCUAUUCUGGCAUUUGCUAUGUUGUUGAUCUUGACGGGUUCUGUGAUUAUUUCCAUGACUCUCGCUCUUUCUUCAGUACAAGCUUUCAUGUCAGCGGAUACUUCACCAAAAUCUGUAGCAGAUGUGGUCAAUACCUGCAGAUCAUCUCCACUUGAUCAUCAGUCCGAUGUUGAUACUUUAUGGGAAGCUCACCAACCAAACUCUCCUUCUGUACUCGAUAAUUCUACUGAUGUGCCUCGACGUGGAGCUGAAAAAUCUGCUUCUAUCUCUUGUGAAGUGCUUUCAUGUAAGGCUGAUGAUCUGUGCUUCUGGUUCUUAAUCUCUCAUGUGCCUUCGUGUGAAGGAGACAAAUCUGUUUCUCUCUGUGUGCUCAAUUGUUCUGAUGAUGUGCCUUCAUGUGAAGCUAACAAAUCAACUUCUUGA